AUGGGCCUGGGCCAGGGGAGCGGCAGGGAAGGCGAGGCGGGCUUUCCGGAGGCCAUCACCGGCGCCACCGACCGUGAAAUGUCGGUCGCGCUCGCUCCCGCGGGCGCGGCGGUCGCCACCGAUCCGGACGCGGCCAUGGCGGCCCUCGCGGCCGGCGCGCAAGCCGCAGAGCCUGCCGGAGGUGCCACCCGAGCGGCGAGGUGA